UAGCCAGCCCGGGUUGCGGAAGUGGUGGCCGCUGACCCAGCCUGCUGCUCUCUCGCUCCUGGCCUGGGCGUCCCCUCCCCGCGGACAGAGGGCGUCCCCGGGCUCGUGGAUGGUCGCACAGCCUGCCGCUGUCCUGCCGCCCAAUCCCUGGCCGCAAGCAGCAGCACGGAGCGAGACGGAGGAAGAUGGCGGGGCGGCUGCCGGCCUGCGUGGUGGACUGUGGCACGGGGUAUACAAAACUAGGAUAUGCUGGAAAUACAGAACCACAGUUUAUCAUCCCAUCCUGUAUUGCUAUUAAGGAGUCAGCCAAAGUAGGCGAUCAAGCUCAGAGGAGGGUGCUGAAAGGUGUUGAUGACCUAGACUUCUUCAUUGGUGAUGAAGCAAUAGAAAAGCCUACGUAUGCAACAAAGUGGCCAAUCCGCCAUGGUAUAGUUGAAGAUUGGGACUUGAUGGAAAGGUUUAUGGAGCAAGUGAUAUUUAAAUAUUUAAGGGCAGAACCUGAAGACCAUUACUUUCUUUUGACUGAACCACCAUUGAAUACUCCUGAAAACAGGGAAUAUACUGCUGAAAUAAUGUUUGAGUCCUUCAAUGUUCCUGGCUUAUACAUUGCUGUACAGGCUGUUCUUGCCUUAGCUGCAUCCUGGACUUCUAGACAAGUAGGAGAACGUACACUGACAGGCACAGUGAUAGACAGUGGAGAUGGAGUCACUCAUGUCAUUCCUGUGGCUGAAGGGUAUGUAAUUGGAAGCUGUAUCAAGCACAUUCCAAUUGCAGGACGAGAUAUAACGUAUUUUAUUCAGCAACUGCUGAGAGACCGAGAAGUCGGAAUCCCUCCAGAACAAUCCCUGGAAACUGCUAAGGCAGUCAAGGAACGCUAUAGCUAUGUCUGUCCAGAUUUAGUGAAAGAAUUUAACAAGUAUGACACAGAUGGAUCAAAGUGGAUUAAACAGUACACUGGAAUCAAUGCUAUCUCCAAGAAAGAAUUCUCCAUUGAUGUUGGCUAUGAGAGAUUCUUGGGACCUGAAAUUUUUUUUCAUCCAGAGUUUGCUAAUCCAGAUUUUACACAACCUAUAUCAGAAGUUGUAGAUGAAGUAAUUCAGAAUUGCCCUAUUGAUGUCAGACGUCCUCUCUACAAGAAUAUUGUCCUCUCUGGAGGCUCAACCAUGUUCAGGGAUUUUGGACGUCGCUUGCAAAGAGAUUUGAAAAGAACUGUAGAUGCCCGGCUGAAGCUAAGUGAGGAAUUGAGUGGUGGCAGAUUGAAGCCCAAGCCCAUUGAUGUUCAGGUCAUCACACACCACAUGCAGCGAUAUGCAGUAUGGUUUGGAGGGUCGAUGCUGGCUUCCACGCCUGAGUUCUACCAAGUAUGCCACACCAAAAAGGAUUAUGAGGAAAUUGGACCUAGCAUUUGUCGUCACAACCCGGUGUUUGGAGUCAUGUCAUAAAAAUCAACUUAAUAGUUACUGGGGUUAGGGAGAUGGAAAAGAGAUAAUCUUUCUGAUGAGCUGUUUCAUCUGAAUGGCUGGUUUGAGGUUUUAAAGCUGACUUGGAAUAAUAAGACCAAACAUGACUGUACAGGAGUAUUUUAAUAAGUGUAUCGACAUGCAGAGGUAGAAGAAGAGCCAAAAUGAUUGUUUUCCUUUAGACUGAAUCUUAUGUGUAUCAAAAAAGAAGUGGGUUUUAGUUCUUUCUGUGCCCUGAUAUUUUGUAUAUUAUUGAACUGUCCAAGAUUUGAUGGAUUUACCAGUGUGUAGAUAGCUCUACAGAGCUUGAAGUGUACACUUCUGAGGGUGCAGUGCAAGAGCUUGUUUAUAUUUCAUACUUUUUAUACUUUGAGGAAAAAAAGUCAAAAGAAAAAAACUAGUAUUUGAGGGAAAAAAGUGACCAAGUAAAGGAUAAAUUCAACAAAUAGCCUCAUGAGACUUGGCAUCGCACUCACGGGGUUCCAGUUAUUACGGAUGGCUGCCAGUCCCCUCUCCCCACCCCACCUGUGGUUUUCUCUGCAAGUGUUUUGGGAACUAAGAAGCUAGUCUCUUGGAUUAACUGAUGCCUGCUAGUGCUUUCUGAUUGCUCGCAUUCUGUUUCUUGCUUUAAAAGAAAAGUAAAGACAAGAUUGGUGGACCAGUAUUGAAGUUCUGUAGUGUCAUUUAUUAAAAAUGAACAAACAAACCAUAAUUUGAUUACCAAACUUGAUAUAUUUAAAGCCUAACACCAUUCUAAUAAAGGCAAAAUUUUCUUUUUAA